AUGAUUGUCGACCCCGUCCAGGCUUUCGCCACGGUCUCGUUGCCGUUCGCCACGAGCUCCGUCUCCGCCGUGCCAACUGUGGUGCCCACGCUCCCUGAGUAUCAGGAUGCCACCGAGACUGGCACCAGGACCCUGUGGGUUGUCAUGGUGGUCAUGCUCAUCGCCUCCAUCAUCUUCACCGGCAUGGCAUGGAACAUCCCAAUCUCCAAGCGCCUGUACCACGUCGUCACGAUCAUGAUCACUGUCUUCGCCACCCUGUCCUACUUCGCCAUGGCCUCCGGCCACGGCAUCGCUUAUCACCACGUCGUGGUUCGCGAGGCACACAAGCACGUCCCGGACACGACCUCCGACGUCUACCGCCAGGUCUACUGGGCCCGUUACGUCGACUGGUCCUUGACCACCCCUCUCCUCCUCCUCGACUUGGCUCUUCUAGCCGGUCUUAACGGUGGUAACAUCCUCAUUGCCAUCGUUGCCGACAUCAUCAUGAUCUUGACCGGGCUCUUCGCUGCUUUCGGUGCCGAGGAGACUCCUCAGAAGUGGGGCUGGUACGCCAUGGCUUGUGCCGCUUACUUGGUUGUCAUCUGGCAGCUCGCCUACCACGGCCGUGCCGUCGCUGCUGCCAAGGGUGGCAAGGUUGGUAGCUUCUUCGCUGCUAUCGGUGGCUUCACCUUGAUUAUCUGGACCGUCUACCCUAUCAUCUGGGGUAUCGCUGACGGCUCCCGCAACAUGAACGUUGACGAGGAGAUCAUCGCUUACGCCGUUCUCGAUAUCCUUGCCAAGCCAAUCUUCGGUGCCUGGCUCCUGUUCACCCACUCCAGCAUCCCCGAGACCAACGUCGACCUCGGCGGUUUCUGGUCCGAGGGUCUCAAGGGCGAGGGUGCCAUCCGUGUCGGUGAUGACGACGAGGGUGCUUAG